AUGGCAAUGCGCGGGCGGAUGCGGCAGCACAAGUAUUUUCCUCUCCGGGAUGUAAUGAAUUCAACAAUAAGUGCUACGGAUAGGCUUGAGACUGUAAUUAACCUGGUACCCAUCUUUUUCAUUUCGGAGAUGCUGUCACUGUUUCCAUUAUUUAAUUGUUGCACAUCCCUUCCUAAUGGUUUUGUGGAGUUUGUUACUCUUGGCUAUAUGGCCGCUGAAAAGGGGAGUUCCAUAGAGUAA